CAGCUAGGAUAGGUGGGGGAACUGCUAAAAAUUUCUUAAAUAUACUUUGCGAAAUAAGCAUUUAAUGCUUAUUAAACACAUUUUAAACAUUUUAGAAUGACAUAUGUGUCUGUUAAAGAUUUAUGAACGUACUCCUAUAUUAGCUGACUCCUAUUCAUUGAGGUAUUUAACUGCUUGACCUAAUUUAGAAUUCGCCAGGCAGCUUUUUCUUUUUUUACUAUAGUGAAAUUGUAGUGGUUUUGAAAAAUUUAUAAGAUAGAACGAAUUAUUGUUUCUGUCUGCCUAAUAUUAAAAACUGAAGUGCAUACCUUGUACACAAAUUUGACACUGCUUCAAAAAACAAAAAAACAAAAAAACAGCAUCCCUGAACUGUACAUUAGAUUAGUUUAAGGGGCGUCGUUAUUUCCUAUUUUGUUCUCUGUUGACACCUUAAAUGUCACUUUUGGCAUUCUACAUUUCAUAAGUCAAAUACUGCUUUGUAAAAACAGUAUUGCAGACAACAUCCAAACGCAGUAACUUUAUUUAUGCAGAUAUGGGGAAGUAUUUCAGAGAGAAAGUCAACACUGUUGUUUUGUUUAAUUAUACUCCUGUUAUUCCUCCCUUAAUUAAUUAAUUUAUAUAAAAAAAUGCAUUUUUUUUUUCCAGAGUGAGAAUAGUUUCAUGUACUCGUAACGUAUAACUGGGCGGGGUGCAGAAUGAACAGCAAGAGAAAAAAAGAGUAAGAAAGAGAGAGGAAGCUCGUCUUCCUCUUUCAUCACUGCUGGGUCUCACGCUUUACCUCCUCAGCAGCAGACAAAACAGCCAUGAGGAAACUUUGAAAGGAAGAUGUCAGGUCAAGCUCCAAAACACACCAGCGAAGAGGACAGCUCAGGAUCUGAUUCAGGCUCAGAAGUCAGUUUGGAGCCGGAGACGGACCGGUUUGGCUUUAUUCUGACCAAUGGAUCCACAUCUGUAGGUGUGGGUCCACCCCCUGAGCUGGUCAGACAGAGGGAGUCCAAGUGGAUAAACAUCAUUAGGCAAUGGGAUCACAUCUUGUUGAAGAAGAGCAGUAAGGUCAAGGAGCAGUGUCAGAAAGGAAUUCCUGCAUCACUCAGAGCAAAGUGCUGGCUUCUGCUGUGUGGAGCGUCUGAAAAGAUGGAGCAGAAUAAGAAUCUCUAUGAGUCCCUGGACUCACAGCCGGGCUUGCAGAGCUGGGUGGACAUCAUUGAGAGGGACCUGGACCGGCAGUUCCCCUUUCACGAGAUGUUCCAGUCUAAAGAUGGACACGGGCAGCGUGGCUUAUUCCGGGUGUUAAAAGCUUACACCCAGUACCAGCCAGACGAGGGUUACUGCCAAGCACAAGGGCCGGUAGCUGCAGUGCUGCUCAUGAACAUGCCAGCUCAGGAAGCCUUCUGGUGUUUGGUUCAGAUCAGUGAGCAGUACCUGCCCGGAUACUACAGCCCUCUGCUGGAGGGAGUUCUGUUUGACGCAGCCUUACUGACUUGGGUUUUGAAGAGGACUUGCCCGGCUGCACACAAACACCUCCAGCAGCACGGCGUGGAGCCCCUCAUGUUCGCCACCGACUGGCUGAUGUGUCUGUUCACACGUCACCUGCCGUUCAACACUCUCCUCCGAGUCUGGGACCUCUUCUUCUGUUAUGGUGUGCGAGUGCUCCUGCAGGUGGCAGUAGUGCUGGUACGACGAGUCCUGGGACGUGCAGAGCAACGAAAGAGGUGUCAGGGUCAGGUGGAGACUCUAGAAACACUGAGGGGCGUCAAGGGACAACUCCAAGAAGAAGAUGAUGCCUUCAUCGCAGAGGUGUGCUCUGUACCCCUCUCAGCCAAGGAUCUGGAAAAGCGAACAGAGAAGGAGCUAGACAAGUGGAGGAAAGACAGGCCCACAUCUAAGUUUGACCCUAGAGCCCGUUGCCAUGGAUACAGGAUGGUCUGGACAAGGGCUCGAGAAAACAAAGCGGAAAAAGACAAAACUGAAAAAGUCAAAGGGAACCUGACUCUUUCUCUCGCUCGCUCAGCCUCCACUCUUUCGUUGUCACCUUCCCUUCUCCGCAAAAAGUGGAGGAAAACAGGAAAAGUCUCUACGAGCGACUCCGACGGCAGCAGAGUUGUGAGACACCUUUCCAUAGGAGAAAAGGAUGACUGGAAAAUCUGGACAGAUUUAGAUUCUAAGAUGCCGCACGGUGUUCGAGAAGAAGAGGAAGACUUCAUUUCAGAGGAAAGCAGACAGCAGGAUGGGUCCACAACAGAAGCAGAGCAAGAGAAACCCAAAACGCCAAACCCAUCAACUGAGCGCACAGAAGAAAAAGUCAUUGUAACACUUACACCUCCGUGUGAAGAAGAAGAAGAAGAAAUGGAGCAAAAUUCUGAAAGAAAUUCCCAGGAAUUUGACAAAAAAACCGAGGAAAGAGUGAAGCCUGUGGCGGAUGUUGAGCAUGUGGCUUCAGUGGAGGACAACCACAGCGAGAUACAGGAGGAGGCAGCAGAAGAUACAAACACAGACGUGCAGGAAAAUGUAGACACUCAUCAGGAAUCCCAGAUAAAAACUGAUGUGAAACAACAAAAGGAAGCAGAGACCGAAAAUGUGGAGCAGACGCAGGUGGACACAGUCAUAUCAGAGGCAAAACACGUGAAACAUUCAGACUCAGAAGAAUUCAGAGAUAUGAAUGCUCCAGCAGGCGAAGACCUAAUAACAGAAACACAACAGGAGCAAGAAGAACUGAUGACAAAUAAGAAGAAAUCUGCUUUUGAGGAACAAAACCAAAGCAGCAAAGUGGAAAAAACAGAAAUAGAUUCACAAGGUACGACUGCAGAGAAACCUGCCAUGAACCCAAACGAAUCAAAUCCGGAAUUGGGAGCAACAGAAAAACAAAGAGAUUCAGAGAAGAAACAACAGAGCACAGAAGACACACCAGAAUCACCUUCACCUGAGUGCAUCGGACAAAGAAAGAACCCUGACUUCACGGAUGAUGCAGAGACGGAUCCGAAGGUUGCAGCUGCAAAAAACAUAGAAAAAAUAGUGUCUGAAUUUAUAAAAGAAAUCAUAAAGAAUGUUGUGGCAGAACUCCUAGAGGCACAAAAAGAGGAAGGUAUUGUUGAUCAACUAAAUCCGAAUGAAGCACAAGGAGAAAUAAUGGAGGACAAUGCAAAAACCGCUGAGCCCCAGGACAAGACUUCAGAACAAGAAUGCACUUCUGACUUGGAAGCAGUGGAACAAGUGAACGGUCAGGCCACUUCAAGUGUUGUUGACCAGACAGAGAGCACAGAAAAAGCCCCAGAAAGCACAGCAGCAGAGGACAAUGUCAUUUCUACCCAGCAAAUCCAUGAACCCCCUCCUGACAGUAUUCCACAGACCCAAGACAGAGAUCCAGACUUCAGAGAAAACCAGUCUGACUCGGAGAACCGCAGCCUGGAGAAAGCGUUUGAGUAUCGCAGCAGCAGCAGGUCCUCCAGUGACUUUUGCAUGCGCCGGUCGUCUCACUCACAGGGAUCAAGGUUAGCACGCAGACUUUCCGAGGAUCUCUUCACUUCCCCGGAGAAAAGCAGCAGAUCACAAAGCACCGCGGAUCACUCAAAACCAGAGCCUGGACCGGUAGAUGCAGUAAAGACACCUGAAGAGGGGACAUCCGUGAGACUCCAAGAGGAGCAGGCAGACAACCAUAAAGGUUUCGGCCUUCUGCGCAGACUGAGAGGAGAGAAGCCCAAAAACGCCAAACCAAAAAUGCAAGUGCCCAAAAUCUUGAUUCAAGAUUUCAGUGAUGAGACUGUGUCAGAGCGACCCGUCGACAAAGAGGCGGAGGGGAAAAUGAACUCCAGAGAGAGGAGGAGGAGGCGGAGAGAGAAAGAAAGACAAGAAAAAGAGGAAGAGAAGCUCAAGAAGAAAAAGGAAAAGCAGGAAAAAGGGAAGAAGAAAUUAAAGACGAGAGGAAAAAGUUUUCAAACGAAGACGGAGAACAGUAGCGGCGAUGUCGCUCAACCCGCAAAAACUGGCUCACACACAGUUAGACACUCUGCUUCUUAUGCUGAGUCGUAUUUCUGACAAGAAACAUUUUUGAGUUGAACAUUAAUGGACAAUUGAGCCUCUUAAAGUAAAUUAUCUUUACACGUUUACUUGAAAAAUAGAAUGUUUUAUUUGGCGGGACUUGACAUCCUGCUUCUGCAUUACACAUUGGACAUAUUGCAAACCAAAAAAAUAAAUAAAUAAACUGAAGUGCUUCAUUUUCAGCUCUAUGUGAUCCCAGAUUGAGUCCAGCAAGAACGCUGCUGGCCUCUCAGUAACAAACAGGGUCUAUGUAAGAUCACAGCAGGCAAUAAAGAGGAACUGCACAGUCCAAAAUGUCCCUUUUUUUACUGUAAGAAGUCCUCAGGUCGUAGACUUUGGCAUCCCCUCUACCUGUGACUCUGACUGUCACCCCGCUCAAGACUCAUCCUCACUGUCACUGGCCAGCACUUCCUGAGUCGUCACAGGUUGUGUAC